AUGGCAACUUCACUUCUAGGGGAGGAGCCGAGGCUAGGAUCCACUCCUUUAGCCAUGUUGGCUGCGACAUGCAACAAGAUAGGGAGUCCGAGCCCAUCACCAUCCUCCAUUUCGGAUAAUUCUUCAUCUUUUGGGAAAGGCUUCCACCCGUGGAAGCGAGCCACCGCCAGCAGCUGCAGCCUUGGGUCCGGCCUGUCCGGGUUUGGAGUGUCCCGUAACGGAGCUGGUCUAUCGGACUCGUUUGGCACCAACAGCUCUCCCGGAUCCAGUGCCUUCUCCCUAACGUCCGGCAACUCAUCCACGCCCCACUUUGGAAACGACUAUUCUGUAUUUCAGGCCUCCGUUACAAACAGUUCUCAAGAACCCAGCCAUCAGCCCGUCUUCAUUUCCAAGGUGCACUCCUCAGUGGACAGUCUGCAAGGCAUCUACCCGAGAAUGAGCGUUGCACAUCCGUACGAGUCCUGGUUCAAGUCGUCCCAUCAUGGUAUCCCCACAGGAGAGGUUGGCACCACCGGCGCGUCUGCAUGGUGGGAUGUGGGAGCGGGUUGGAUUGAUGUUCAGAACCCGAGUGGAGCAGCUCUACAGUCCUCGCUGCACUCCGGUGGACUCCAGACGUCGUUACACUCUCCUUUAGGGGGCUACAAUUCCGAUUACUCCAGCCUAAGUCACUCAGCCUUCAGUACAAGUCCCUCUCCACACCUUUUGACAACCGGACAACACCUGAUGGACGGUUACAAGCCGGUGUUAUCCUCUUAUCCAGACUCCAGUCCGUCUCCAUUAGGCGGAGCAGGGGGGACUAUGUUAUCUGGGGGGCCAACGGCCUCUCUAGCGGGGUCUCCCCGGUCCUCCGCACGGCGCUACUCUGGCAGAGCCACCUGCGACUGUCCCAACUGUCAGGAGUCGGAGAGGCUGGGGCCGGCGGGAGCAAGUCUGCGGAGGAAAGGGCUCCAUAGCUGUCACAUUCCGGGCUGUGGUAAGGUUUACGGCAAAACGUCGCACCUCAAGGCGCACUUGAGGUGGCACACCGGAGAGAGACCGUUUGUGUGUAAUUGGCUGUUUUGCGGGAAGAGGUUUACGCGCUCUGACGAGCUCCAGCGACACUUGCGCACGCACACCGGGGAGAAAAGAUUCGCCUGUCCGGUCUGCAACAAGAGGUUUAUGCGGAGCGACCAUCUGAGUAAACACGUAAAGACUCACAGCGCCGGGGGCUCCGCCGGGUCUGGCUCUGGCAGCGGGGGAAAGAGGGGAAGCGAUACCGACAGUGAGCACAGCGCCCCGGGGAGUCCUCGAUGCCAUUCCCCCGACCUGUUGCAAGCUCCCGAAUCUACCCCGGGAACGGGAAACGAACGGCCUUUCUAA